GGAAAAUAAAGUACAAAAACGAUUAACAGAAGUUUCAUAGAGUUGAGUGUGAAUCUUUUCAUACUAAAUCGGUUCGAAGCUACAUUUGAGUUCGGUUUCGGUAAAUAUCAUUUCUAUUCAAAACCGUAAGCCUUGUGGAUAACGUUUUGGGUUUGAAGAAUGAAACGUGUCAAUAAAUUGUAGCUUAUCAGCAUCCACGUGUCAAUAAAUAUCCCACCAUCUUCCUUUCUAUAUAGCUAUGCUAAGUUUUAUUUUCAAGUCACAACUUGAGACCAUUGAUAUGGAGAAUCCUGAAGGAAGAAGUAGAGAUGUAGCCAGAACCGAUGGAGAGAAAACAACUGGUUCUUCGGUUGUGUUUGCAACCGUAGCAGCUGUGGCAGUGGUCGGACCGCUUCUUGGUCUGAUGAGUUUCAGCCUCGUCGCGACUGUGACGUUGUUUAUUGUGGUUUCUCCAUUGAUGCUGAUAUUUGCUCCGGUGUUGAUGGCAACGGUGGCGAUUCUUGUGGCGGCUAUGGUUGGUGUUGGGGUGGCGGCAGUCAUGUGGUUGGUGGGUAUUGCCGCUUUGGUUUGUUGUGGACGAGAGAUUGGUGUUGGAACAGGAGUGGCUGGGAGGAUGGUUGAGUCGGUGGUGAGAGAGUUAGGUUAUGGUCGGAAUCGUUACUUGCGAGACAAGUGAGAUAAUGGUUCUUCCUUUUGCCAGGCUUACAUUUAUUUCUUUUUCAAUAUUGGUAAAAGCGUUUCUUGAUGCGUGCUAUCAAUGUGUUCUUUUCUGUCUCAUGAUUAAUGGGAAUUUGAAGAAUAUGGUGAAUAAAGAAAAAACAAAGAGAUGCCUAUGAUUAGUAUAAUUUUGAGCAAUUUUGUUAAGUGUUUUAUUUUUGUCAA